CUUCGAAGUAUACUCCGAAGUCGAAGAUAGUAUGCAGAAAAAUGUUGGCCGGAGCAACCCCUCUUGCUCCAAGUAAGUAUGUCACCGAAAAGAAACGGGAGCACAACAAGGGUGAAGCGACUGUUGUGGACAGUGCAGAAGUAGGAGGAAGCGGUGAGGAUAUCGAAGGCAGCAUGCGUUGUGGUCGGCAGGCGGGCCAGAGCAGUGGAGACAGACACAUUGGUGGUCACGACACUCAGCACAGGCAGCGGCAUGUGGAACGAGAAGGUCGACAACCAUUAUUGACAGAGUGCGAAGAGCAGCAGCUGGAGCAAAAAGAAGCAAAUACGAAAGAGGACGAUUCAGAGGACGAGAACAACAGAGACAGCGACGAUUUUGGUGAACGUGAAUCGAAUGAAGACGAGGAUGAUGAUAAUGAAGACGGUCUUAUGCGAGGACGUGAAAAACGGGAUGCGUCGGAGAAAAGCAAGCUCAACAACCGCAUUAGUGACAACAUCCACACGUUAUACGCGCACUCCAAAAUAGUGAAGCAAUUGAUGCGUUGCGUAGCGAUGGCCUUAUGUUUAUCUCGAGCCAAGGAUGCAGAGAUGUAUCCGUCAGUCGACACGUAUCUCGAAUCCUUCAGGGGUCUCAUCGAAUCUCUGGACCCAGAUACACGAUUCAUCGUAGAUCGGUCGAUGAAGAGCACAACACCGAUAACACUUCGCACACUCGGAUCAAGGGAGCUGACGAACAUCCGAGGAGAGAUCGCUUACGACAUUGUCAGGGCUUUUUGGAGCGCCGCGGGGUUGCCUUAUCCAUGCGGAACUGUAAGAGAUCAUUUUGAAAAAGAGCGAGAGGAAAUGAGGACGAAAAUGCUCGAUUAUUCAUCGUGGAGAGUGAAAGGCGAAGAGCCGUGGGGCGCAACAGAGUUUAAGAAUGUCGUGCAAGACGUUUUAUACAGAGAUUGGAACGAAGCAGGUCGAAAUGGUUGCACUCUCCAACAACUCGCAUUCGCUCAUAUGGUGUUAGAGUGUCACAUCAGCAACAAAAGUCNAGCGCCGCGGGGCUACCUUAUCCAUGCGGAACUGUAAGAGAUCGUUUUGAAAAGGAGCGAGAGGAGAUGAGGACGAAAAUGCUCGAACAAUC